AUGACUGCCGGAACCACCAUCAGAGUGCCGCACCUUGGCGGAAUCACUGCCGGCUACCGCCUCUCCAACGGUGCCGUCGAUCCCACCAAGCCUACCGUCGUGCUCAUCAACUCCAUGUGCAUGACCUCUGCCUUGUACGACACGCAGUUCGGCAACAAGGACCUCACAGAUGCGGCCAACCUGCUCGCCAUCGAGCCCCUUGGCCAUGGAGCCACCGAAACCACAGCCGAGCACUUUACCUACUGGGACACGGCCAUCAUGGCCAUCCAGGUGCUGGACGCUCUAGGCAUCAAGAAGGCCUUUGCCCUGGGCACCAGCCAGGGAGGAUGGAUCGUGGCCCGAAUGGCUCUCGUGGCGCCCGAAAAGAUUCAGGGUCUCAUGAUCCUCGGCAGCUCGCUCGACUACGAGUCGGCCGCAUCUCGGGAGAAGGGAUGCUGGGAUCCCGCCACGACGCUGGGCCCCGUCGUCGACAGCCUGUUCAGCACUGAGCCGACGCCCGACUUCCUCAUCGACGAGGGGCUGCGGGAGAGCGUCGUCAACAUUGGCUUUUCUGGGGUCAUCACCCCUGAGGCGGCCGACUUCUGGAAGGCCACGCUCAACAAGGUCUACUCCGGCGAUAACGGGCGGAAGAAGCUGCGUGGAGCUUUCCUCAACCUCCUGGAGCGAGACGGCCUGCUGAGGCGGGUGCAGGACAUCAAGUGCCCUGUCUACUGGAUCCAGGGCAACCAGGAUCCCGUCUACGGCGUGGAGGUGCCAAAGGACCACAUCAAGGCCUUCAAGUCCUCUGUCGAGACGGAUCUGUCUUUUACUGAUGGUGGUCACUACCUCAAUGCCACGACCCCCAAGGACGUGGAUGCGAAGCUUCUGCAGCUGAUCAACAAGUACUCUGCUUUGUGA